CAUAACUCUUGCAUUCAUACACAAUGUCCGACUCUAAUGUUAAGCGGGCUAGGAUACCCAAACCAGAAAAGAAAAAGCCAACAACAACAACAGAAACAACAGCAGCAGCAACAGCAGCAGAUACAAAUACACCCUCAAAAGACUUGUCUACAACUGCCGUUGACGAACCCUUGAUCAACAUCCCCGCUAUCAAAAAGAAAAAGGAACGUCGAGUCAAAACUGAGGAAGAAAUCGCUGCUAAACAGGAACGCAAACGACUUCGAAAAGAAGCCGAAGAAGCAAAACGACAAGCUCAAUUGGCCAAAAAGGGUCUCACCCAGAUCAAGACCUCUAUUCAAAACAAGACCCCAAAAUGGAAACAAUUCUUGAAAAACACCACUGAGGCCGACAAUGCUGAGAAACUGAAAAAUAUCUCUUACAAAGUUGAAGGAGACGACAAUGGCUCAGAUAGCGAUAGUGACAGCGGCAGUGACAGUGAUAAUAAUGAGAAUGAUACUAAAAAGAAUCAUGAAAAGAAACGGAAAGCUGACAAGGAUGCAGAGAGCACUCCGUCUGUAAAGAGCAAAAAGGCCAGGCAAGAGGAGGCUGCAAAACUCGCCACAUUAGAUACAUCUACACCAGGACUGGCCUAUUUGGUUGAAUGGAAAAAAUCAAGAGCAGCCUGGAAGUUUCAAAAGAUGCGUCAGGUCUGGUUGCUCAAUCAUAUGUAUGAUGAUAAACAACUUCCUUCCUCACACUGGGACAUCUUUUUGGAAUAUAUUCGCGAUCUGAAAGGUGCAGCUAGAAAUAUUGCCGUUGAGGAAGCCAAAAAGACUGUUGAUGCACCUGAACCUGAAGAUGAUCAGGCAGAAGAACAAAAGCAAAAGGAUGACAGGAGUGAUGAAGACCAUGAUAUGAGUGAUGCUACUAAUACUCAAGAAAAUGAAGAUACCGUGUCAACCAUUCCAUUGUCUGAGGAGGAAAAGGCUGCUGAGGAAGCUGCAAAGGAGGCCAAGAUCGAAGCCAAACGUUCAGCUCAAGUCAAACUCUCAAGAGCAUUAGAUGUUCUGCGAAUUCUUGCAUAA